GGAGUCAGUCUGACAGCUGCCAAAGAGCGGGGACAGCUUGUCUUCUUGGAAGGCCUCAAGUCCUGCCUUGACCUCUUUUUUGGAGAGGAGGAGGAGCAGUCAGGACAGCCCAGGCCUCUCCAGUUUAUAAGUGAGAGCGCUUCCAACCUCAAGGCCUUGUUUGACUUUGUCCAGACGUCCCUGACUUCCACCGGCAGCGACUCCUGGAAUGGCCCAGUGUUGUUGGUGGAUGACCUCAGUGUCCUGCUCAGCCUAGGAGCCACACCGGUGGCAGUGCUGGACUUCAUCCACUAUUGCAGAGUCACGGUGUGCUCCCAGCUGAAGGUACCGCCACCUCUGUGCACAGCCUACUGUACCCUGCGU